AUGCAACCGAACCGUCCCCCUGCAAUGCCGCAUUUUCGUCAGGGACUCCGACGAGCCGUUCCAAUGAACACCGCUCCACCGAGACCUGGAUACGACAUAUCGAUUCUAAAUGCCGCCAGUGCAAGACCAAAUGAACUCGUUUUUCAAAGAUUUCAUGCUCCUACAAGACCCCCAGGACCACCUGUGUGUAUCACGUUGGAUUCUGAUGGAGAGGAAGUGGAGCCCGUAGCAAAAAAAGCGCGACAAAGCACGGAUGAAGUGAUUUGCCUUGAUUCCGACACGGAUCAAGCCGACUCGGAUUCAGAUGACGUGAUCAUUUUGGAUUCGGACUCUGAUGCUGGCUUGGAGUCAGAUUCGGACGAUGUGGUACAUGUUCAGACAAUUACCUAUUCGAGAGUGGGUGACAAGUCACAUGAAGACUUGCAAGUUGGAGCCAAUUCUCACGAGGCUGUGGAGCCAAAGCAAGAGCCCGCUGAAAAUCCUGAAACAAGUCAUCCCACAACACCAUUGGCGUUAAAUUCUGAGACGGCUCAAUCUGGGUUAGUGCUGGUAGCCGCAGUAAUUGAGGAUGAAAAGAACGAUGUAGUGGAGGCUAUGUUGAUCCCAAAGGAAGUGCCUGAGCCCGAACCAAUGCCACAGCUCGUUGAGCAUUCGGAGUCUAGCCAUGAGGACACUCAAGAUGAGGCUCAAGCUAUGCCAGUACAACAAGCAGCGGAAAAUCCAUCAGAAGUGCUGGAGGUCGUGUUGGAGCAAGAGCCAGGAACCGUUGAGGAAUCAGAAUCUGAGGAUCGCCCAAUCUUACCAUCCUCGCAAUCACCGGAGACUGGAGCACAGCAAGCCGAGCCUACAACACUAUCCACAGAUGGGUCUAAGCCGGCAGAUGAGUCGGAACCAGCACUAUCUGAAACUUCCUCAGAACAUGGACGUCAGGACGAUGAACUAGCUACACCAACUCCAGACGUAUUCGCGAGGACAGAUGAUGAGCCAGACAGAGAUGUGUUAGUCGAAGUCCAUGACUUACCAAAUGCGUCAGCAAUCUCCGAACUGAAACCAGCUGAGCAAUCUGAAUCUGAAAACAAGGAGAAUCAAGGCGCCGACUCAUCUGACAGUACUCCUCAGAGAAUUCUACGCUCGCAAAUAUCAAAGAUUUCUCCAAGCCAACCAGAGGCAAAAGAGAGCAUUUAUGCGAACAAGAAAAUUCGAGAAGGCGCGGAUUACCAAACCGUUAUGCAACCACUCUUAGAAGAUCAUGAACCUCCAAGUGUUCACUACGACAAGGAGUGCGAGGAGAAGAUUUGGUCUCCAAGAAUCUUUGACGUGGAACCUCCAGAAAUGGAGGAUCUAUUCAUCGAGCAGACUCGAGUUGUCUACUGGAAAGCCAUCUGGCGUCAGUUCAAAGGGCGGAUUCUAUUCGAAGACGCUCUUCAGCACCUGAUGGAGAAUGACUAUGAUUUUGCGGCAAGCUUGGAAACUAUUGAUAGGUGUCUGGAGAAACGUCCUAAUUUGAUGAAGCAUCCGUGUAUGGCACAGGCGGCACGACUGGUGACGCAUGGACUCAAGGAGACGGUGUCGAUGAGAAGGCUCCGGAAGUUAGCGCUCCCCAACUUCCAACUCCCCGAAGUCCACGACUACAGCUUCAAGUUUCUCAAUCUCUGCUUGUUUUCAAAGUUUUAUGAAUCCAAGUGUCUAUGCGAAGAAGCCCUCUGCAAACCAAUGGACUUUGAGCCCCGAUAUGGAUGCUCGAAUUGUACCAAACGACCGAUUGAAGGCAAUCCGUUGUGUCUGAUCUGUCAGACUUAUCAACUGCUCACUGGAGAGAAACGUCCCGCCAGAGACGUUUACUUCACGGACGAGGAGAAGGAGUUGAUUGAGAAGUGGGGGCAGAUGGAGGAGCAACGGCUGGGAAGGAAUUUGACAAGAGAGGAAUUCGAGAAGCUUCUGGAGAAGGAGAAGGUUAAGAAAUGGAUGAAACUGGAGAUCACGGAAGAGGAGAAGCUCAUGCUGAACUUCCAGCAUCCGAAGACUGCUGAGAGUUACUCGAGAAUGAGCAACAAGGUGAAAGCAAAACAUUUUGUGAAGUACUUGAAGCCAUUCGUCCUUCCGUUGUUCCCGGCGUGCAAGUGUGACCAGUCGAAGGAGAGACAACUGAUGAUUGAGAAAGAGCAUCUCUUUGUUCCGGAGAUACCCAAUGAACCCGAGUACCUUCGUGAGGAGGAAUUCAAUCCGUGGGUCGAUGGAUAG